AUGUGGCUCUUGGCCUGCCUGUGCCUUGUGCUUAGUUUCCUGGGAGGAGUGAAUGGAACCUGCCCCUCUCAGUGCUCCUGUGAGUAUCACGGCAGACACGACGGCUCAGGAUCAAGGUUAGUGUUGUGUAAUGACCUGGAUAUGAACGAAGUCCCGGCAAACUUCCCCGUGGACACCGCGAAGCUUCGCAUAGAGAAGACUGUGGUACGCAGGCUCCCUGCCGAGGCCUUCUACUACCUGGUGGAGCUGCAGUACCUCUGGCUGGCGUACAACUCAGUGGCCAGCAUAGAAACCAGUAGCUUCUAUAACCUGAGGCAGCUGCACGAGUUGCGUUUGGAUGGGAAUUCUCUGACCGCUUUCCCUUGGGUGUCUCUGCUGGACAUGCCCUACCUGAGGACGCUGGACUUACACAACAACAGAAUAGCCAGUGUGCCAAACGAGGCGGUCAGAUAUCUGAGGAACCUCACCUGCUUGGAUUUGUCGAGCAACAGACUGACCACACUGCCACCAGACUUCCUAGACAGCUGGUCUCAUUUAGCCGUGACGCCUUCUAGAAGCCCAGACUUUCCACGGAGAAGAAUUAUUCUUGGUUUGCAGGACAACCCUUGGUUCUGUGACUGUCACAUUUCCAAGGUGAUCGAGCUGUCGAAAGUCACCGACCACGCUCUUGUUCUUCUUGAUCCUCUGAUGAUCUGCAGUGAACCCGAGCGCUUCCAAGGAAUCUUGUUCCAGAAGGUAGAGUUGGAAAAGUGUCUGAAGCCAUCGGUGAUGAUGUCGGCUACCAAAAUCACAUCUGCUCUGGGUAGUAAUGUUCUGCUGAGAUGUGAUGCCAAGGGUCACCCCACCCCACAGCUGACAUGGACCAGAUCUGACGGCUCCACAGUUAACUAUACAGUAAUUCAGGAGUCACCAGGAGAAGGCGUCAGAUGGUCUAUCAUAAGCUUGACCGGCAUCUCUCACAAGGAUGCUGGGGAUUACAGAUGUAAAGCCAAAAAUCUGGCAGGGAUGUCGGAAGCUGUGGUUACUGUGACAGUUGUUGGUGGUGUUACGACCACCCUAUCACCAGACAGUUCAGAAAGAAGCCCUGGAGAGCCCCCUGAGCAGCAUCCCCAGCCGGGAUUAGGAGGAUCAACACCUCCAUCUAAAUCCUGGUUAUCACCCGGGCUCACUUCUGCUUCUUCCUACCCCACCCCCUCAGCGGCUCUCUCUACAUCUACGUUGUCCCCUCCUCCCUCCUCCUUGCCUCCCAUCUUCUCAGCUGCUUUUGUGACCACCAGUGUACAAACCAGCAUUUCAGGACGCACCGCCAGGACUAGCCACCAGCCACCCCUGCUCCACCCCGGAAGGAAAAGCAAUGUGGAACUAGAGAAGAACGGAAGGAAGUUUCCUCCACUCAGCGCAAGUAAGAAAGAAGAGUUGGCAUUGUUGGAUCAGGCAGCACCAAUGGAAACAAACGUCACUAUCAAAGACCUCAGGGUGGCCCGCGAAACCGACGUGAGUGUGACUCUGAAGUGGAACAGCAGCAGCAGCAGCAGCAGCAGCAGCAGCAGCAGCAGCACACAAGAGUCCGCUGUGACUGUGCUGUAUUCUAAGUACGGUGAGAAGGACCUGUUGUUAGUGAAUGCAGACGACUAUGGCAAGAACCAGGCAACCAUAAAUGGCCUAGAGCCCGGCAGUCAGUAUGUGGCAUGUGUCUGUCCAAAAGGAGUGGGUCCCCGGGAGGAUCUGUGUAUCACCUUUUCUACCAACAGUGUAGAGGGGCGUGGUUCCCAGUGGUCAUUGCUCCUCGUGGUGACCAGUACUGCCUGUGUUAUAGUCGUGCCCCUAAUUUGUUUCUUAUUAUAUAAAGUCUGCAAACUGCAAUGCACAUCGGACCCUUUCUGGGAAGAGGAUUUGUCAAAAGAGACAUAUAUCCAAUUUGAGACCCUGUCACCCAGGUCACAGAGUAUAGGGGAGCUCUGGACACGGAGGCACAGAGAUGAUGGCGAGAGGAUGCUGCUAUGCUCCCGGUCAAGUGUGGACUCCCAGAUGAAUCUUAAGAGCGAUGACUGUAGGACGGAGUAUUAUGGCUGA